AACACGAAGUAGGGAAAUCCAUAAGAGGGUAACUUGACACGUUUCUCAAUAUAUCAAGUGAAUUUUACACCCAUGCUUUAAGCCGGAACUAGAUUUAAAUCGGUGAGAAAGAGAAAGGCUGCGAUGGCAGGCAGAAAGCGCUCUCACGAACCAGACACUCCAGAAGAGGAACAAGCUAAUGGGUCCUCCAAUCUCAAAAGAAAGCCUAUCCGCAUUCCCGCUAAGGCAAUGCAGCCAGUGGGUCCAGCACCUUUUAGUCAUGAAGAGAUGGCCAUUAAAGAACAAGAAUCUGUGGACUACUCUGUGAAAAUUACUCUAGAAAUGGCAAAGUCUGGAACAGCUCCACGACCAGUACGUGUGUACGCUGACGGUAUCUACGACAUGUUCCAUUCCGGCCAUGCAAGACAACUCAUGCAGGCCAAGACUGUGUUUCCAAAUGUUUACCUCAUUGUUGGAGUCUGUGAUGAUGAGCUGACCCACAGGUUAAAGGGGCGUACUGUAAUGAACCAAAAAGAACGCUACGAGAUGGUGCGGCACUGCCGUUACGUUGACGAGUGCCUGACCAGCGCCCCCUGGUCCUUGGACGAAAACUUUCUAAAGGAGCACAAGAUUGAUUUUGUUGCUCAUGAUGAUCUCCCAUAUGUAGGCCCUGGUGUAACAGAUGUAUAUAAACCUCUUAAAGAAAAAGGAAUGUUUGUAGCCACUAACAGAACGGAGGGUAUUUCUACCACAGAUGUGAUAGCUAGGAUAAUCAAAGAUUAUGAUAUAUAUGUCAGGAGAAAUCUGGCCCGAGGUUACUCUGCCAAAGAAUUGAAUGUGGGCUUUAUGAAGGUAAGUUGGUGGAGAAAUCAAUUCGUGUGAGGCAGAAAAUUAGACAAUAUAAAGGAAAGGAGUAAGGAGUUCAUCGGCAAGAUGGAGGACAAGAGAACGGAGAUGUUCAACCGUUGGGAGGAUAAGUCCAGAGAGUUUAUUGGCAACUUCAUGGAUAUGUUUGGAGCAGACGGCAGGAUUAGUCACUGGUGGAAUGAAAGUAAGGCAAUGAUGAGCCGGGCCAUCUCACCCCCCGCCAGUCCCACCACAGGGAGCCCAUCUCAUGCCAUGGGAUUUUAUGAAGAUGACACCCCUGAGUCGGAUGUAUCACCCCAGCGAGACAGCAGCCCCCCACCAUCCAAGAGACGAGCUCUCCUCAAUGCUAAGGCAUUUAUGGAGGAUGAUGAGAGAUAUUCUGCAGAUGAGGAGGAUGGAAUUAUUUCUUAUUAAGAACUGUUUUUAUUUAUUUAUUUAUUUAUUUAUUUGAAAUUUUUCCCUUGAUUUUGGAAAAUAGUGGGGAUUUUAUUUCUAGAAGACAGAACUGGUCAAUUGGAUGUCAUUGUUUUUAGAUACAACAGGCUGAGUGAUAACAGUAUGGCAAGAUUAAUAUUAAAAAUAUUUAAAGUUUUGUCAGAUGCAUAGUAAAAUAUAUUAAAAUUUUUUAUUUAUUCAGAAGUUUUAACUCCGCAAUGGCAGAUUGUAACUGAAUGCUGCCAAGCUUGAUGGUAUGUAGGAUGGAAAGAGGUUUAAAAGGAAGGAUAACUGAGAGAUACACUGAAAAAUGUUUCUCUUCUUUACUUUGUUCAUUAUUAUUAUUUUUUUUUUUUAUUAUUAUUAUUAUUAUUAUUAUUAUGUACCUUGAAUAUACAGUGGAAGCAGACAAUUUUUGAGUGCACCAGUUAUCUGGCACCAUGCAAGAAAUAUUUCUUGAUGGCAUUCUUUUCUUUAAAAAAAAUCCAACACAUCAAAAAAGUUUUAUUCAAGUCCACUCCUUUAGGAGUAUAUCAGAAUGGGAACAAGGCCAUUAUAUGAUCUGUUUAUGCUUUACAUAGAAAACUGCUAAUUUUUGCCAAAUAAGCUUGUUCUGUAGUGUCAUAGUUUUACUAGAAGCCUGUAAAUAUGCUUAAUAUUAUGAAAAUUUUUAACAUAUAUAUAUAUUUAUGUGAUUUAAGUUUGGCAUAAAUUAGAAAUUUAGCAGUUGCAUGUUUAAAGGAGUUGAAAAGCAGUUGCAUUUUCAAAGUCCUUAAAUGUAGAUGGAACUCUGUUUUAAGUCGAGAUAAGCCCAGGAAGAACAUUCCCAAAAUGUUUCACCUUGUUACAUGCAUGCAUGAAAUUUGUAUAAAACAUAAUUCACAUUAAUUGAAGUUUGGGGGAGAAAAUUUAAGAAUUACUUAUUCAGUAAAUAUCUUCAUUUUCUUUUUGUCAGAUCUUUUAAUAGCAUCCUGAUGUGUCCUUAUAGUGAACGGUUUGUUUGAAAUGACUGUUCAGUUAUAUAUAAAGUUUCAAGUGCAACCUGAGUUAAGACCAUGCUGGUGAAUUGAGUAGAGACGUGAAGUUGCUUAAGUUUAGUAGAAUAUGGUAUUUUCAGUUUUUCCACCCAUAUAUGUUCUAGAAUCAUUAACUUUGAGACGAUAACUAAAUGUAAAAGUUGCUGCUACCAGUGCUUCAGUGCCAUUUUUA